AAAGAAACCUUACUGUUGUUUAUACUUAUAUAGUCGUGGUUUGUACAAAUGUUUGAUUUUUGAAAUUCUUACUGCUUUAUAUGUUUUUUUAAGAAAAACGAAUUUGAACGCCAUAUUUGAAUUUCAUGUAAAUUGUUGAAUCACUACUUUUAAUAUUAUUUUCCUUAGUUUUUCGGGUUUUCUUUUUUUUUUUUUUAUGUUUUUCAAGAUUUGAAGGGUUUUAGUUAAGAUCUGUCCACCCAUAUUUAAAAAACCAAACGAAAUAAAGACAAAAUCAAAGAACAAGAUUUUCUCCGUAAUUAGAAGUAAUCUAGUGAUUAAUAGUAUAAUAGUAUAGGGAUUGGAUUAUUAAUUGUUCUUUCCUUUUCGCCUUUGCGCCGGCACAGAUGUCAGUGUUUCGUACGCUACUUUCCAAUACGGUUUUAAGAACACAGAAAAGGGCAAAUGGCCUGAAAAACACUUUCAUUUUUGAAAAGGAAAAAAAAAAAUCCAUACAUAAAAACAAACAUGAGUUCAACCACUGGUCAGUUCUUGAUCCAGCGCCCACGAUUCAAUCAUGUUUACUUGCAAAACAAUAGCUUUCAUUUACCAAAACAAGUUCUGUUCCCAGUUUUGCCACUAAUUUCCAAUUUUCCUGGUCCUGUCAGCUCCAUUUCUCAGUUUGGGAGCUCUGAAAUUUUGGUGUGUAAAUGUGCAUCACAAAAGUUUUCAGGUUCUUUUGAAACGGAUCCAGAUCAGGAAUAUGGCCCUGAACAAAAUCAGAUGGUUAAACAAAAGAAGGCUUCUAUAUUGGAGAUUUUGAAGCAAUCAAAUUCCAUCCUGCCUCAUGUAGUCCUUGCUAGUACGAUUUUGGCUCUUGUCUAUCCGCCGUCGUUCACAUGGUUUACCAGCAGGUACUAUGCCCCUGCAUUAGGAUUUUUGAUGUUUGCUGUGGGGGUUAAUUCCAGUGAGAAGGAUUUUAUUGAAGCAUUCAAAAGGCCAGAUGCUAUUUUUGCUGGGUAUGUUGGUCAAUUUGUUGUGAAGCCUCUACUUGGAUAUAUUUUUGGAAUGAUUGCUGUGACAGUGUUUGGUCUUCCUACUCCUUUAGGUGCAGGGAUUAUGUUGGUAUCCUGUGUCAGUGGUGCCCAGCUCUCAAAUUAUGCUACCUUUCUGACAGAUCCACCACUAGCUCCCUUAAGCAUUGUUAUGACAUCAUUAUCUACUGCCACUGCUGUGUUUGUUACACCAAUGUUGUCUCUCCUGCUUAUUGGAAAAAGACUGCCUGUUGAUGUCAUGGGAAUGGUCUCUAGCAUUCUGCAGAUUGUUAUUGCACCGAUUGCAGCAGGGUUGCUUCUGAAUCGGUUGUUCCCUCAUCUUUGUGAAGCCAUCAGGCCAUUUUUGCCUUCGCUUUCUGUACUUGAUACAGCUUUCUGUGUUGGAGCGCCACUUGCUAUCAACAUUAAUUCGGUUUUGUCUCCUUUUGGUUUAACUGUUUCAUUGCUUGUUGUUGCAUUCCAUUUAUCAGCGUUCAUUGCUGGUUAUUUCCUUAGUGGUUCUGUCUUCCAUAAGGCACCUGAUGUGAAAGCAUUGCAAAGAACUCUAUCCUUCGAGACAGGAAUGCAAAGCAGUCUUCUGGCACUUGCACUUGCUAAUAGGUUCUUCCAAGAUCCACUUGUCGGUGUGCCUCCAGCUCUCUCUCCUUUACAGGAAGGACUUGGCAGGCUGGAGGCUUCCCAUUGGUGACGGUAGCAUAUUUUCACCAGGGAAAAACAUUGUACUAUCUAAACGGAGAGCAUUUUUCUCUCAUUCUUGUUUGGGAAAGACUAGAAGCAGCCUGAGAGUCAAAUGUUAUCAUGUUUUGAGCUGUGUCUAUAAUAAAAAAGCCUCUCCUUUGCUGUGUCUGGUCAGUUUGUCAACAGACUGGUUUGACUUGAGCCUCUUUUGUUAGAGUUGAAUUACAAAUUCUUAAAAGGAAAAAAAAAAAAAAGACUCAGUUAACAUGUGACAGCUAUUGUCAAUAUCUUUAUCUUGCUUUCUGAGUUAUUUUUGUUCUGUAAUAUGAUUUUCUUGUCUAACUAUAAUUUCUGAUUUGACUGAUGUGCUACAUUAACUUGAGAUUUCUUUAAAGAAUGUUAAAUUGAAAUCAUGAGCUUUUGACAAAAAAAGCAAUUCAAGGACAAUAAGGAGAGACAAAGAUGCCAGAUCAAGAAAACAAUGGGUGUUGAGCAAAUAAGGAUGCUAAAGGGCUUAAGGCCUUACGUUUGAAGCAGUGUCCCCAAAGAUUUAAACUAAAGGAUCUAUGAAUGAUGGUUGGGUGGUGAGCCUUUGUUGGUUGGAGGGAGCCUUUAUGUGUAUUAUGAAUCAUCUUAUUGGUGCAGUUGAUACCAACAAAAUUGAAAUUUUCCAGAAACACAGCCCCUUGAAGCUCCCACCACCCAAUUAAAAAGAAAAAACAAAAAACAAAACAGCUGUUUGGAAUGGGUUUAUUGACUGAUAUUUCUUUCUUUUAAUCAGUAAAUCCUCGUUCAAAGAUCAAUAACCCAAAUGCUUUCCUUCCCCCUCUAAUGUAUGAUCAGCAAACUUUCCACUAUCAGAGUAAGCUUAAUUUCUAUGCCAAAAGCAAUCUGCGUGAAUCGAAAAUUGUGGUCAAACCAUUCUGAUGCUACUCUCAAUAACAAUUUCAUGGCCAAAGAAUAGGUUUAAAUGAUGAUCAUAUGAAACUGAUACGUAUUCAGAAGAAUUUGCUUCUUAAAUUUGGAUUGAUCCCAUGAAGGGAAACGUUCAUGGAACUGCAUUACUCGUUCCAUCUACCAAAUCAACCUAACCUGUAGAAACAAAUAACUAAAAUCUCUGACUUUAUUAUCUGACAUGAUUCCUUGCUGAAAAAGGCAAACUAGUAUAAACAGACUUUUGCUGAAACAUUGAAAUUCCAUCAUUUAUCUUAAUUAGGAGUUCAGG